AUGAAUGUCAAUUCCGGUGAAAUCAUAUGCGCUAGUAAGCUGAUGACCAACACCAACACGAAUAUCCCAGCGCCUGUUGGGUUUUAUGAUCAAAGCCAACACACUGCAUCUUCAUUCCGACAAAACUACUGCUCAUCUCAGCCAAAAGAUCAAAGCAGCUACUUUUCAGAAAAUGCUUCCAAGAAUAUGCAAUCACUUGGUAAUUGUACAGAGCAGCCAUCACUUCAGCUCGAGCAGUGUGGUACAGCUCUGCAGAACCAUUUGGCCUCCUCUCCAUCGCCCACCUUUGUCUCGUCAAAUCUGCUGUACCAACAAAAACAGUAUCCACAGCUAUUUACUGGAAACGUUGGCUCAAGAGGUUGCAGCAUAAAUGUGUCCACCCAAAUCUUGAGGGAUAACAGUGCCGUGACAUCACUGCCAGCGCUUGAGCCUGAAACACCAACGCUAGCAUUAGUGGGCGGAAGUAUACCUAUACAUAUUACUACUCCUCCGGCAAUGCCAACGCAUAAUCGCUCUACCGCGGGAGAAUUGAAUUCCGCCCAGGCCACUAGUCCAUCAAAUACCAUAACACCGAGUCAUGUCACUUUGGGUACUUUUUCAGUAGAUUCUGGAUCAACCCUUAGGACUGGUGCGGCUAAACCAGUGCUUUUAAGAUUGGAUGCAUUUAUCACCAACUACCGCAUUAUUUCUUCAUGUGCAUUUUCAUCCACACGUGUUGUAGGCAAACCUGAUAGGGGAGAUUCUGGUGGUUGGUGA